ACCUCUGAUGCCAAAGAGGAUGAGGGACUGUCUGAAAACAAUGAUAAGUUAGCCAGCGCUAGCAGAAAGUGAAGCUCUAGUUUUUGCUCAGGCGGUUGCCUUGCUCGCUAGCAUCCUGAGAAGGAAAGCUCUGAGAUUUUUUUUGCAAGGACUGGAUGCGGAAGGAGGAUAUGAGGCAAGCUGGACAGCUAAUGCUAAUUAUGAAUGUUUUUUCAUACAUUCAGUGGGUUACCAAUGUGCCAAAAAGUCACUCUCCUGAUUACCCAACAAGGAUUAGGCUAGAGUGUGGCAACGUCGGUGCAGGGAGGGAGCACAUACUGGCACAAGAAUAUGCAAGGAUUCUCGACCUCAACUGAAGUAUACAUAUCCAAGACACAGAACUAUUGUCCUUGAUGAUACAGUCUUGGUUAACCUGCCAUCCCCAAUGGAAGUGCCAUCAUAGACACAAAAUACUGUGGCUCCAACUGCUGAACAGUUUUUUGAGCUACAGCCUAGAAGGAGGACGCAUUUCAGCUUUUGGUUGAACCUGAAGGUGGAGAUGGGUUCCCAAGCUCUUCAGAUAUUGCGGCAGGGUGUGUGGGCUUCACUGACAGGAGGCUGGUAUGUGGACCCCCAUCAGAGCACAUUCUCCAACUGCUUCCACCUCUACCUUUGGAUAUUUCUUCUGGCCUUCCCCUUUCUGUUGUACAUGGCUCUUCCUGCAAGCCUGGUGGUCGCAGGUGUCUACUCUGCUGUUGUGGCAGUCUUUUUCACAGCCAUUAAGGUGGUGAACUACAGGCUUCAUGCUAUGUUCGACCUUGGGGAGAUUAUAGAGAAGAAGCAGGCCUCACUCACAGCUGAAGCCCCAAGGACAGAAGAAGGAGAUGAAGGUCUUCACAGGGAUAGUCAUGUUGGUGUAGAGAUGACUGUGUUUCGGAAGGUCAACUCAACACCCCCAGUGCGCUGUAGCUCACAGCACUCCCUGUUUGGAUUGAACCAGGUGUCGGAGUUCUUACCCCAGCUGGAGGAUUCAGGGGGCACUAAGGCCAUGGCUCCAGAGGAUGGGGGCAAACACGACUCAGUCAGCAGUGUAAAGAGGACCCAGGCCAUCCGCAGGAGACACAAUGCUGGGAGCAACCCUACACCGCCCCCGUCCACCAUGGGAUCCCCUCCAAGCCUACAGGACCUCCAGCGGGCUCGGACAUCCUCUCAUUCACGGACUCGCACACUUCCUUCAGCCUUACAGUUUGCUUCCUCGCUCCUACUGCCCCGUAGUGGCAUCCACGAGGCCUCCACCUUCGACGACACAUCAGAGGGAGCAGUGCACUAUUUCUAUGAUGAGAGUGGAGUGAAGAGGUCCUACACGUUUGGACCUGCUGGAGGCGGUUAUGAGGACCCAGUUCAGGAGCGAGAGAGGCAGUCUCAGUCUUCAAGCUUCACCUCCACUGAGGUCCAAGAAGGGGCACCAGUCCUGUCCAUGCUCCAGCCCAGACCUGUGGUUUUACAGGGCAUGCAGGUGCGCAGGGUGCCUCUGGAAAUGCCCGAGUUUGAGCUGGAUCACGAGUCUCUACAAGAGUCCCAGGAAAACACUCUGAUGAUUGAGGAGAAAGCCAAACCCAAACAAUACUAUCGCUUUUGGGUGCUGCCUGGGAAGUGGCUGAGGGUUCGAUAUGAUCGAUUGGCUCUUCUGGCCUUAUUGGACAGGAACCGGCGAGUGGGAGAAAAUGUGUUUGCUGUGGUGCUGGCCAGUCUGGUGGCCUUCCUGGGGUUCCUACUGCUGCUCCAGGGAUUUUUCAGGGACAUCUGGGUCUUCCAGUUCUGCCUGGUCAUUGCUAGCUGCCAGUACUCCUUACUGAAGAGUGUACAACCAGAUGCAGCUUCUCCCAUGCAUGGCCACAACUGGAUCAUUGUGUACAGUCGGCCGGUCUACUUCUGCUUGUGCUGUGUGAUGAUCUGGAUCUUUGACCUAUCUGGGCGCUCUGGAAGCCUGCAACCCUUCUCCCUCUAUGGUGUCACCUUCUUCUCUGCACACUUCCUGCUUUGUGUCAGGGAUAUGCUCAUUGUGUUUGCCUUGUGUUUCCCAGUCAUUUUCCUGUUUGGGUUGCUACCUCAGGUCAAUACGUUUGUGAUGUGUCUGCUGGAGCAGAUUGACAUGCACAUUUUUGGUGGAACUGCCACUACCAGCCCCCUCUCAUCUCUGUUCAGCCUUAUACGCAGCGUGUUGGUGGCUGCUCUGCUGUACGGAUUUUGCCUCGGUGCUAUCAACGCACCGUGGGGGGAUGCCCAUGUGCCAGUACUGUUCUCUGUGUUCUGUGGCCUCCUCCUGGCCUUAUCCUACCACCUCAGCCGCCAAAGCAGUGAUCCUACCAUCCUGUGGUCACUUGUCCGGUCUAAAUUAUUCCCUGAGCUGGAGAACCGAACACCAGAAGAACCCCCUGUGGAGAUCAAGGACCCUCUUCCUGAGAAGCUGCGUAACUCUGUGAAAGAGAUUCUUCAUUCAGACCUUGUCAUGUGUCCCCUCAUGGCUGUGAUUACCUUUGCCAUCAGUGCCAGCACAGUUUUCAUCGCUCUACAACCUGCUCUUAGCUUUGUCCUGUACAUCCUGGCCGGAGUUGUAGGCUUCAUUACACACUAUCUCCUGCCACAGCUCCGCAAACAGCUGCCAUGGUUCUGCCUGGCUCACCCCGUGCUCCGCUCCAGAGAGUACAGUCAGUUUGAGGUCCGAGAUGCUGCUCAGUUGAUGUGGUUUGAGAAGCUGUAUGCGUGGCUUCAGUGUGUGGAGAAGUAUUUCAUCUACCCUGCUGUGGUGCUUAACUCCCUAACGACAGAAGCUCGAACUGUGGGCCAGAACCACAAAGAGCUGGACAUCCACAGCCGAGCUCUCUUCAUCUCAGUAGCAGGCAUGAAACUGCUGCGUUCGUCCUUCUGUGCCCCGUCACAGCAGUACGUCACACUGUGCUUCACCACACUCUUCUUCCACUUUGACUACCCACACUUCUCGGAAACCUUCCUUAUCGACUACUACUUCAUGUCCAUUCUCUUCAGCAAGAUGUGGGACCUGUUGUACAAGCUUCGCUUUGUGCUGACUUACAUCGCCCCCUGGCAGAUCACCUGGGGAUCAGCCUUCCACGCCUUUGCUCAACCCUUUGCUGUGCCCCACUCUGCUGUGCUUUUUGUCCAGGCUAUCUUCUCUGCCAUAUUUUCCACCCCUCUCAAUCCUGUCCUAGGCAGUGCUGUGUUUGUCACCUCAUACACCAGACCUGUAAAAUUCUGGGAGCGUGACUACAACACCAAGCGGGUCGAUCAUUCUAACACCAGACUUGCCACUCAGUUAGACCGUAACCCAGGUGCUGAUGACAACAAUCUGAAUUCAAUUUUCUACGAGCACCUGACGCGCUCUCUGCAGCACAGCCUGUGUGGAGACCUGCUGCUCGGCCGCUGGGGCAACUACAGCACAGGCGACUGCUUCAUCCUCGCGUCGGACUACCUCAAUGCUCUGGUGCACAUCAUCGAGAUCGGCAAUGGCCUUGUCACGUUCCAACUGAGGGGUCUAGAGUUCAGAGGUACCUACUGUCAGCAGAGGGAGGUAGAGGCCAUCACAGAGGGGGUGGAGGAGGACGAGGGAUGCUGCUGUUGUGAACCUGGUCACCUGCCCCACAUGUUGUCAUUUAAUGCUGCCUUUGGACAGCGCUGGCUGGCCUGGGAGGUGGCCGCUACCAAAUACGUACUAGAGGGCUACAGCAUCAGCGACAACAACGCAGCCUCCAUGUUGCAAGUAUUCGACCUUCGGAAGAUCCUCAUCACAUACUAUGUCAAGAGCAUCAUCUACUAUGUGAGUCGAUCUUCUAAGCUGGAAGAAUGGCUGACUAAUGAGACGAUUCAGGAGGCUCUGCGGCCUUGUCUCGGGCUUAACUACGUAGACAGUGACCCCACCUUCAACCUGAACAUCGAUGAGGACUAUGACCACAGGGCCUCCGGCAUUACCCCCUCCUCAUUCUGCAUGAUUUACCUGGACUGGAUUCAGUAUUGCAACAGCAGGCGUCAAACGCCGGUUACUUGUGAAAGAGAUUCUCCACUUGUCAACCUCUGUUUUGGGCUGUGUAUCCUGGGAAGAAGAGCUCUGGGCACAGCCUCCCACAGCAUGUCUGCAAGCCUGGAGCCGUUUCUCUAUGGCCUCCAUGCACUCUUCAAGGGAGACUUUCGCAUCACGUCUCCUAGGGAUGAAUGGGUGUUUGCAGAUAUGGACCUGCUGAAUCGAGUCGUGGCACCUGGAGUGCGGAUGUCCCUCAAACUGCAUCAGGACCACUUUACAUCUCCAGAUGAGUAUGAGGAUCCGAUGGUUCUGUAUGAUGCCAUCACUGCCAACGAGGAGAAGAUGUUAAUAUCACACGAGGGCGACCCCGUGUGGCGCAGCGCUAUUCUAGCAAACAUGCCUUCCCUGCUGGCACUGCGCCACAUCAUGGAUGACGGCAGCGAUGAGUACAAGAUCAUCAUGCUUAACAAGAGGUUCCUCAGCUUCAGAGUCAUCAAGGUGAACAGAGAGUGUGUGCGAGGGCUGUGGGCGGGGCAACAGCAGGAGCUGGUUUUCCUGCGUAAUCGGAACCCAGAGCGUGGCAGCAUUCAAAACGCCAAACAGGCCCUGAGGAAUAUGAUUAACUCCUCAUGUGACCAGCCCAUUGGCUACCCCAUCUACGUUUCCCCCCUCACCACCUCAUAUGCUGGGGGGCACAGCCAGCUCCGGUCUGUGUGGGGAGGACCCGUCAGCCCACACAACAUUUACACCUGGCUCAUAAGUAGCUGGGACAGGUUACAGAAAGGUUGUGGUGCUGGCUGUAACAGUGGUGGAAACAUUGAAGACUCGGACUGUGGAGGCGGCUCCACCUCGAUCUCCACCAACCCAGCCAUUCACACCACCCAGAGUACACCAGCCUCCAGCCUUCCCCAGCCGCAUAUCACCACUGUCCAGCCCUCUAUGGGUACAGACAAUCCUGUAGGUCCAACCCAGAGCUGGCCUCACCACCCCCAACCUCUUCCAUUAGCUCUGCUCAGUCAGUCAGAGGGCAGGAUGGAGGCAGGCCUGCUCACAUCCCUGCAGCGUACGUCCUCCAUUCAGGGGCUUCUGGGCCAGCAGCUGUCUAGCUCCCAGCUCUCCUUCAGCAGCACUGUGGCUCAGCCUCCUCUACCAGGCCCAGAGCGCUUCUGCCCGGCGAGCCUCUUGGAGAACUCCGGGCACAGAGCGGGCCAGCGGGCUGGCCUCAGCCAGGGCAGUGGACUACACUAUGAGUGCCACUUUGGCAAAUGGAGUUUUUCAGGCAGGAAGGGCUUUAACGGACCAGCUGCAGUGGAGGGGGAAGGAGGAACAGUACAGACCAUACGCACACAGUCUACUCCCCCUGCACCCCUACAAGAGGUCAGUCCAACACAAGAUCCUCUGGGAGCCACUCAAACGAUGGAUCCAACCCUGCUAACUGCAGGGGACCCCCCCACCCCCCGAGAGGAAUCCACAGAGCUGCCUUUACUUGAGCACCUGCGCUGAGUCUGCACUGGGAGACCCCGAGUGACAUUGUCUGCAGUGAAAGCACACCGCGGUUGAAUCUGAACCGGGCUUGGCCCAUCCAGACCGGACUCAUUCCAGCCUUCAGCACUCAUUCCAUCAACCCUAGUUUAAGUGACUCGGUGCAACCACGAUUUGUAAAUCCUCUAAUGGCCCACUGCAAUACUGGAUUGAUUUGGUUAUAUACACAUCACCUCUCUCCUUCUCAGCCAAAGGAGUUAAACAUCUGAAUGCUGAGCUGAUGCAUGUCAGAUCAUGAAAUGAUUUCAGCCAAAGUCAGCUUUCAUCAAGACUCACGAGGCCUGAUGAUAUACUCGUACAUUUUUUUCUCCAAACAAAGGCACUCAGUGUCUCUAUGGACAACCUUUUGGUUGUGACAGUAGUGACAGGCCAGAAAGGCCAGUGCAAUUAUAAGGGAUAUUUUGCUUGAGGAUUGUUUAUUUUUCUAUACUGGAGAAUAGAGGAUCACCUCUGACUUUCUCUCACUUAACAUCUGCACCAGCAGGUUUUUUUUUUUUUCUUGCAUCACCAAUCAAAAAAAAGAUCAGUUUGUUGCUGUACGUGCAGGUGAAGGAUAUGUGGAAACCAUGAUAAGCCUUGUUUUGUUUUUCCCCCAUCCUCACCGGACCUACAGUCAUGUGUCAAAUAAUAUUUAUCAGUACAUAUUGAACAAUUUCUGGAGCCUCCACAUCUAUUCCCCUGCACAUUACACAUAUUCAACAAGGAAAAAAAACACAUCCCACCAAAAUGUCAUCUUUGUCCUCUGGCCUGUUUCCUACAGAGGUGCCUGACAACAUCAACACUCAACAGUUCUGUCUUGGAGCAAGUUUCAGGGAAAAAAAAAAAAACUCCCAUCCCAGCCAACAUGUGGUGCUUUUACCGCUAGUUUACAGUCUAUUUAGGCCUGGACACGAGUCCUGAAUCUGACUAGCAACACAGAGAUGUGGGAUGGCUUCGGACAGAGCUGGUGUCCAUGGAUCAGGAUCAAGCAGAGGGUGAUUCCAAUCUGUGAAAAUUGUGUUGAUCACAAACCGGGAGUGUUAGAAACUUCAAGCCUUUUUUUUGUUUUGGUGAGUGGAAUGUCCUUUUUUGUUUUACUUUACUUGAAGAAUCACCAGUUCCUCAGUGUUUAAGGGGCACUGAGUUUGUUUUCUUUGGAUGACCGAUCAAUAACGCCCUCUCUGAUCAGAUCCAGUCAGCUUAUGACUUUUCUCAAUAGCAGGGACCCAGGCUGCUUUGUGUGGGGAGCUCUGUUUUCUUUGCCUGCAGUACGGCCCCUCCCAUUGCUAUACUACUGCUUCUGCAUCUCCUGCUACUACUAAUAUAACCCACUACUACUGCAGUUAAACAGUUAAAUCCAGCGUUUUAGUUGGAAAUAAACAAAGCUGAAUAAAUACUGAAAGCAAAGGUGGAAUAUUUAUUUGAUUAAUAUUGUCUUACAGAUAUCUUUAACGGGGUUUGUCUAUAUGGUGUGCUGAUAUAUCGAAUUGGAAAUCUGCCUUCUGUCAACUGUACCCCCACCCCUCCCUCAAUUUGUUUGCUGUCAUCACAUUUGUAUCAUCUCACCAAUAGCUGUCUUUUUUUAUAUAUGUAAUAGAACUGGAAAUAUUCCUGAGAAGUCACUUUAGGUUGGUUUCUUUCCCACUCGUGCACUCUUUGUUCCACCACUGUGAAAAGCAACUGAAAACACUGAUUGAGGGUUGAAGUACAUCACACAAGACGAAACAGAAGCUGGCAGUCCAACCAAAUUCAGCCCUAAAUGUUUCCCCAGUUCCAGGGGCGUAGUCCCCUUGUGCCCAGUUGUCUGCAGUGGUUUAAAGAUUCUGAAAUAACCUUGUGCCAUACCAUUAAUCGCCGUAUCAGAAGACUGCUAGUUUUCUCACCAAAUAAUCUCUCAGAAACGUUGUUCCCCUGUAGGAAACUUGAAAGGAGGCCAGCGUUCUCAGGGUCUAUAACGGGAAAGAAAUUGACUUAUUCUGUGGGAAGACUUUUUGUCCAAAGGGAGAAAACUGAAAGGGGGAUAAAAAAAAUGUCACCGUUAUGAAGCACGUCGAGUACUGGGUCAGACUAACGUUACAAAAGAUGCCCCCUUUACAGCGUUUUAUUCUCUCUUGGUUAAAGUAUGUUCUGCACACUGCAUGCUGUUAAAGCCACAUAUUUGUUGAAUCUUUCUGUCCUUGCAGCGCUGUUUUUUCCCACUUUCAGCUCUUUACAUCUGAACAAGGGACAUAUACAGUACAAAGCUUUUUCCCCCUUUUUAAAAAUCUUUUUGGCAGCCCUGAGAUUUCUGUCAGUCUCGGCUGUGAAGACGCUGCGGCAGGUGAAAAGUGCGUCACUAUCCCUCUCAAAACACGUUUGUAACUUCCUUGACUCAGGAAAAACAGACUCUCUGAUCAGUGUUGUUUUCUGUUUUUCUUUUCUUAUUCUUGUAUCCAAAGCAACAGGGAGUUAUAUUGUUUGGUUUUCUUUGCUUGGUUUUUUUUUUUGGUUUUAUUACUUUGCUGGGAGUGAGGAAAGCACAAGUUAACGGACAGACCUGGGUGUCAAUAAAAAAGGGAUUUCUUAAUCUCUGAAAUUAUGUACAGCAUGUUUCGUAUACAAAUUUAUAUUUAAAAUAUAAAUCUAUUUUAUUAUUAUUGGAUUUUGGGUUCUUUUACAUUGAAGACACUAUGUUGAGGUUUAUGGGAGGGACACUGUUUACCCAUCAGAGGGCAGAGCUGAGUGGAGAGAGGCACUCUUCACAUUGAAAUGUGCAGUUUGGGAAGAAUCAGUUAAUACUUCUUUUGCACAAAAUGUAUCAUACACCAUCCCACUUUGUUAUCAUUUUAUUAUUUUAGCUAUUUUUUUGUGGGGGGGGGGGGUCUUUUAUUUAAGAACUUUAAGUCAAUGUUAAAUGUUCUGUACAGUUUUUUAUGUGAUUUUUCUUUUUUUUUUCUUUUUUUUCCCUC